CUUUGGCAUAUUCUUCACAUCGCUAAUAUCAGGCCGCAGGCGUUUGUGUUUUAUUUUUUUUAAAUCGAACAAAUUAAUCUGUUUAAGCACCUAGCAUAAGGAUAACCCGUUGCCAUACCACUCACCAAAGCGCCGAAGCCAACGAAUAAAAUGGGCGAACAACCGAUUUUCACCUGCCAGGCGCACGUCUUCCACAUCGAUCCGAAGACGAAGCGCACCUGGAUCACGGCAAGCAUGAAGGCCGUCAACGUGAGCUUUUUUUACGACAGCUCGCGGAACCUGUACCGCAUCAUCAGUGUAGAGGGCACCAAGGCGGUAAUCAACUCAACGAUCACGCCCAACAUGACGUUCACACAAACCUCCCAAAAGUUUGGCCAGUGGAGCGAUGUGCGGGCGAACACGGUUUACGGCCUGGGAUUCGCCUCUGAAGCGGAGCUGACCAAGUUCGUGGAGAAAUUUCAAGAGGUCAAGGAGGCCACCAAGAAUGCAGCGAAGUCGGCCAACGGCUCUAACGCCGUUACGCCCACGACCUCUGCCAACACGUCGCCGAUUUCCGGCCGAGCCGUGGGUGCCAUGCAGAACGACAACACGGCCAUCGAUCCGCAUACCGUGGAGCCGCCCAACAUGAGCAAUACCAACACUCAAAACGCCAAUCCUGACAGUCCCUCACAUAAACUCCUGAAUACCAACGAUGGCAAGCCGGACAUUGGCUCGGCCACGCCCUCGCCUCAGCCAACUUCGGGAACUGGCGGAGGUGGCGGUGUAACCAUCUCCUCGGGCGGUAGUAUUGUUGGCAUGCACACGGGUCCGGGGGCAGGAGCCACAGCCGAGCAGCAGCUCAAGUACGAAAAUGAACGCUUAAAAAUGGCCUUGGCGCAGAGCUGCGCCAAUGCCAAGAAGUGGGAAAUCGAACUGGCCACCUUAAAGAACAACAAUAUACGCCUGACCAGCGCUCUGCAGGAAUCUACGGCCAAUGUGGACGAGUGGAAGCGCCAACUGCACACCUACAAAGAGGAAAACAUUCGACUCAAGCGAGACAUGGAGCUACUCCGAGUGGGCGGUGGUGGUGCGGGUGCUGCUGCUGGAUCCGGUGGAGUCACCGAAGACGAGUUGCGUCGAGAGGUCGCCACGCUGAAGGCACGAACGGAACAACUGCAAGCGGAACUGUUGCAAAAUGAACUUGAGCUUAAAUCGGCAAACAUGAGCCUACGUGAAAAGUGUAAUGACCAGACUUUGGCCAAGCUGAGCGAGUUGAACGUCGUAUUCGCCAAGCAGCUUUCCGAGUUAUAUGCAGUGCAGAAGGAUAUGGAGAAUGUCAUACAUCCAGCCAAGUGCACUUGAGACACAGAGAUUGCGGUUAAACGAAAGGUUUCAGCGCAGGAACAGACUACAAUGACAAACACUACAACGACAUCGACAUCCACAGGAACCACGACAAGUAAACGAUAUUUAAGCAACUUUCCCAUGGCUGAGGCCGAGAGCACCCUCUCCAAUGUCACCUCAAUCCAGAGCCAGCUGCAAUCGUCGCUUUAUGAGACCCAGAACACGGCCCAGUUGAAAGCACUGGACAAACACUCGGCCUUGCUCCAGGAACUGCAUCAGCGGCAGGCCACUCCCAGGCGCAACUCUGUCGCCGCUGAAGCGGCAGCAGCUGCUGGCUCUGGUGGGGCAAAAACUGCCACCAUACUCGUUUCCAAAUCAAAAACCAAAACUGGGCUGCCUCUGUUGCUGAAAAAUUCCAUAAACAAUUAGUGAAAAUCCAUAAAAACGAUGGAUGAAUAGGACAGAGAGAGAGAGAGAGAGAGAGUCAGCGGCGUUUUUGUAAUCUUUAUAUUGGUAGUUUGUAUACAAGGACAGGGUUAGACGAGAGCCCACGCACCUCACCACCCCUCAAUUCCCCCAAAGCCUGAACCUUACUCAAUUUAUUACUCAUUUGUGUGUUGUAACUGUAACGUUUUUUGGUAACUUCGAAUCGAAAUUAGAAUAAACCCAUGCCCAGUAUUUUCGUGGCCAUUUAGGAGGUCCUAAUCGAUUGAUUCUCGUGUGCGCACUAAAGUGCAAUAUUUAUCCACAGUAUAUAAAUGUAAUGAUAUUAUGUGCUCUAUAUACACUUUCAGCAGAUUGUUAAUUAAUUUUUAAUGAGAGCUUGACAAUGAAUACUCCCGCAAGAAAAUUUCCCAAAGAAAAAUCUAAGCAUUUCUAUCGAACAAGCGACACGCAAUUUAUUUUGUAAAUGUGCUCGAACUUUUUAUAUAGUAUUUUUAGAAGGCUAAAUCUUAGGCAUACGAAUUAAAUGUUUCUUUACCUUUCGACCUGUA